CCUUAAUCAUACUUCUUUAUUGGCUAAGGCCUCUUUGAUUUAAGAACCAUUUUUAUACGCAGGAAAAGUACUUGUUUAUAAGUAUUAGUUGAACGGAUAUCCUAUGUUUCAAUUUCUGUUUUCCCUCUGUUAAAUGAUUUUCUUCAUUCAUUUUAUAUUCGCUUCUUUUUUGUAAUUGAAUUUGUGAAAUUGUGGUGGAACACUAGAACUCUUAACAUACAUAUAUGAGUGAUCCAAAUGAGGAAAGGAGUGUUAUUUUACAUAUCAUCUUAAAUUAUCCAAUCUCUAUGUCGAACAAAUUGGAUCUUAUUUAAAGUGACUAAUUAAACUCGUCUUCUUUAAACCAACAUAUAUUGGAGACCAAAACCUUGCAUUAUUAAACAUAUAGUGAAAAAGACAAUUAAACCUUUAAUUUGUCGUUGCCGUAUAAUUUGAACACAAACCUUAACCAGCAAACUUAAACCUUUAAUAGUACUAUAUUUUUUUAAUUAUUCAAAGAAUUAUGUUUGUUUAAUGGUGAUAAAUGAUAAAUAAGAAAACGACUGCUCACUCAAUCAGAUUGUAUCGGCGGGCAGAAGAAGACAGGGAGUGAGCAUCACCACAAAGCGUCAACAGUUAUAUAUAAAAGCAACUCUAUGCGGAAAAUUAAUACCUCCAUUAUAAUUCAGUGAAUGGUAUUGAAAAAGGAAGAAAUAUUGUGACCACAAAAUAUUCAAUUCCGUAUAAAUUUUACUACCACUCAUAAAGUUUCAUCAUUAAUCAUAAUUUUCAAAAAAGCUAAAAUUACGAAUCUCUUUCACACAAUUAAUGAAUAAUUUGAUACUUGUGGGACCAUUCUACACACUCACGAAUAAUGUCCAUGGUUUAUUCAAUUUGGAAAUGGAAAGUUUAAUUAUUUUAAAAAAUCAUCAAAGUACUACUAUACUUUAUAUUGUUAAAUUAGCUGCUAAAUUUGAUUUAAAAAGUUUAAACUUUCCGAAAUCACAAAGCAUCAUAAAAAAACGGUUAACUGGUAAAUCUCUACACAUUAUUCUGAUUUUUAGGGUUAGCUCACUUGUUCCUAUUUUACCGUUUUGAAAAACCCUCACUUUUUUUUAACUACUAUAACAUGACAGAAAAGACAGAGGAAGUAAUUGUCAAAGUUUUAGGAUAAUGCCAGAAGGGUAUAAGCUGUCCUAGAAUCUAGCUUCCCAAUCUCUAAAAAAUUAAUCUCAUAAAUUCAAGGCUUCAAACCCCUCUUUUUUCUUCACCCACCAUUGUUAUUAGUCUGUGCUACUAUUCAUAUAUUCCCCACCCAAAACUUAAAGAAGAAGAAGAAGGAGAAGAUCAAGGUCUCAUGUCAUUUGACUUCUCUACAGCAUCUGCCAACCACGAAAAGGGAGAUGGCUCAAAAAUGGAGAAGAGAUACAUUGGAGUAAGAAAGAGGCCGUGGGGGAAAUACGCCGCGGAAAUUAGGGAUUCGACAAGGCAUGGCGAGAGAGUUUGGUUGGGAACAUUCAAUACUGCAGAAGAGGCUGCUCUAGCUUAUGAUCAAGCUGCAUUUGCGACGAGAGGCGCCUCGGUUCCACUCAACUUUUCCGUAGAGAGAGUGACAGAAUCUCUUGAGAAGAUCAAGUAUCGCUGCGAGGAGGGCUCGUCUCCUGCAAAAGCCCUGAAGGAGUCUCACAAGCUGAUGAACGCAGCAACGGCGAAACAAACUAGUUCGAGUAAGAAGCGUGUUGGAGAAGAGGAUGUUGUGAUUCUUCAUGACUUGGGAUCUGAUUUAUUGGAUCAGCUCUUGUCUGAGAAUUCAACUACUGAUUGAACAUAAACACUAUUUAGGUCUUGUAAGUAAAUCUUGAUCCUUUUACCUCUAUCUGUUUUUUUUUUGGGGAAUAUUUUCUGUGCUGCUGCCCUUGUGUUGUUCUUGAUUUUGGGUUCUAUUAAACCCUUGAUCUCUAUUGAAUAAUCUCCUAGUUUAUCAAUUCAAAUAUGAGUUGGAGUUGAAUGAAAGUUCAAUUCGAAUUUGAUACAAGUUUCAUUUAGCCUCAAAUUUAUUUAAUUGCAUUUGCUUGUCCCUUUUUAAUUUUGCUUUUGGGAGAAAAACCUUAUUUAGGUAGGAGAUUAAGCAUAUAUGGCUUGAAUAAUAUAUAACCACUAAAGGAAAUCAUGUGAAAUGCUACUGUGGCUGUAGGAGCUCAGAAACUCAAUUUGGUGUUGAAGAUUUUGAAGAUCUAUUCUCAAUCAAUAUAUAAAGUUUUGCUGAUGUUGACUAUACAUAUUCCACAUAUAAACUCAGUCGAUUGAUCAGAAUUAAUCUCGUCUCAUAAAUACUGCUUAGUAGUAUAUUAGAUGGAAUAGUAUUAUCUUUGUUAUUUAAGUUCAAUUCUGUUUGGAUUUGGCUAAAUAUGAUUUUCCUAACAGUUCUUAUUAUAUAGACGUUAGAAAAGGAGACGCACCUUGUUAGUAUGAAUAACAUCUAUGAAAUAUGUUAAGUUCUAACUGGAUAUACGUCUCAUUAUCCACCAUAGCCUUGACGACUAGCUAGUCUUGUUAAGAGAGAAUAAUGUACUGUAAUGUUAAGUUCUAACUGGAUAUACGUCUCAUGCGAAUAAUUGUACUUAUAUAUUCAUUUUCUCAAAAUCAAUUUCUGGUUAAGAGAAAUAAUGUACUGUACUAAAGUUAUGUGUUGUAGUACAGGCCUUUGAAUUGUUUUCACUGUCACGAAUUUUGAUCUUUCGGUUGCUCUAACCACCAUAGCCUUGACGACUAGCUAGUCUUGAUCAUGGCUCGUAUCCUUCGAUUGGCUAUAUAUUGCCACACAUGGACGCACAAAAAGCAAGAGAACAAAGCUCAGUUCUCUCCCUCAUUUUUAAUCUUCUAAUUACCAGCAUAAAGCUCAGUUCUAAUUUUCUUGUUCAGUUUCAAUAAUACCAAGCUAUGUCAAUUUUAGUACAUCAAGAACUUAUCAUUUCAUGUAAAUCACAAGCUGUUUUAUCUUUCUUUUGUAUGCAUUUCCAAAAUUAUAUGGUGCACAUAUUGAAAUCAUUCAACCUCUUUUUCUAUGAAAAUUUACUGGACCA